UCAUCCUACGCACAACCAUCAACAGUCACUCACACAACACAAGCACCUUUUAUGCAUAAAAACACACAGUCAUCAUCCUACGCACAACAAAAUUUUCAUGAUACAACGCAAACAUUCACACACAAACCACAUGCUGCUGCUACUCAUACACAACACAUUGGUAGCCAAUUAAAUACACCGCAUAACACUCAGUUACAGCCUUUAAACAUCUGGCCAACUUCAUCGUCAAGUUAUCUGCCAAGCUCUUCUCAAGCUUCAAGAGAAUUUUACAAUUUUCAUGUGAGACCGGAAAUUCAAGCCAUACAUGGAAGAAUGGAUCAAUUAGCUUUGGAAGUUCAACAAAUACACCAAAAAUUGGACAGAGUGUUGACGCAGAUUAGCAAUAACCGAAGGCAUAUGCCGGAGAAACCAGCAUUUUUGCCAUUAUCAUUAGUUGAAGAUGUUGAAAUAUUUGAAACUGCUAAUGAUGAAGAAUAUAUGAAAUUGGUGAAUUAUUUAAUUUUUAUUGGUGGUCUUAAUGCCAAAGAAAGUGUUAAUUUGUGCUUCAAAGAGAUAUUUCAAGAUUCUUUGAUGAACUUAUACACUUGGUUCGGGCGUGAGGAUAAUCAACGACCAUUAUACAAUACCCGUUUGGUGAACGCUAUUUAUGAUGCUAUCUGCGAAAACAAAAAUUUUGAAAGACCAAUGCGGGCUGCAUUUCAAACAUAUAUGCGGGAUGCUCUGCGAACGGCCAAGCAACGACACAGGAAUAGAGCGCGCAACAACUUGCAUCGUCCGGAAGGAAGAAAUAGAAAUGAACGAGCACUAUGGAACGACGAACACGACGAAAUACAACCAGAAGAAAAUUAG